AUGGCGCUUCGUCUCACUCUCCUUGCGCUCGGGUCCAGAGCGAAGGGCUACGAAAACCGCGUGAUGGUCUACGCACAUCGCCGCCACCGCUCAUGGUACCAGCCGCCCAAACUUCCCCACGCACGCUCGCCACUGGCGAAUAAGCCCCCAGAGGAGUACGGCAACACAUGGGACCCUCGCUCGGGAGUCGAUUGGUACUAUCGGAUGCGCCGCCGGGGUGCGUACCGCCACUGGCCGUGGGCGCGGUGGAGCGAUGAUCCUGUUCGUCAUCACCGGGAGACGCCAUUCAAUCGGACCUUCUCGCACAACUCACAUGGAUCGAACGACGGUGUGCCGUUGUGGAACUACUAUGCGGAAGUGGGACAGGAGUAUAACACACCGAGCCACUUCCCGCUGCAUUAUAUGGCGCCUUUCAUCCACCAGUACACGGGGAAAAUGUGGUCUAGAAAUGAUAUUGUACGUCAUUUGAAGUUGAUUGAGGAGCGCACAGGGCUAAUUUCUAUUCAGGAUGUACACGAUAAUUUACCCAGACUGCAGGAAUGGGGAGAAGUAGAGAUGGGCACGGUGCCUCAUGGUCUUCUGCAGCACGUGGAGAUGUUGGCUAACGACAUCGUCUUGCAGAACCGUAAAAAGGGAUUUAGAAGAAAGCUACAUGAGAAUGGCGUGUUGCGGACAUCCACGAUGGAGCGGUACUACGCUCUACCGCAUCUACGCUCCGGCCCUCCCAUGCCAACGACUCUUCAGCAGCCGUCGGGAGCGUUCCCGUGGGGCAAGUACACACAUAUGCUUGGAGGGACAAAGAUUCAUCCUCUUCACCGGCCAGAUGGCUUUUUAAAGGAAAAUAUGUAUCCGCCCUAG